UUUAGAUUUUGGUCUUAGUAAUAGUCUAGACUGCCCGUAAUGGCUAGCAGAGUUUCUGUAGUAUAUCUUUUCUCUGUGAUGUUUUUUAUGUUGACAUUGUUAUCUUUUGAUACUGAAGCAAAGGUGCAUUUUCACAAAUGGAAAGUAAAUUACCAGACAUGGGCUCCUGAUUGCGUGGAGGUGAACAUCAUCUCUAUAAAUGGACAAUACCCGGGCCCCACCAUCAGAGCCACAGAAGGGGACACCAUUGUUGUUGAGAUAGAGAACUUGAUGCCCACUGAAAACGUUGUUAUUCACUGGCAUGGAAUUCGCCAGAUUGGCACUCCCUGGAACGACGGGACUGCUUCAAUUUCGCAGUGUGCAAUCUACUCAGGCGAAACCUACGUGUAUAAGUUCGUUGUGGACAGGCCAGGAACGUACUUCUAUCAUGGUCAUUAUGGCUUACAGCGGUCGGCAGGGUUUUAUGGGUCACUGAUAGUGGAUGCGGCGGGCAAAGAACCCUUCACCUAUGAUGGAGAGCUGAGUAUCAUUUUAAACGACUGGUGGCACGAUAGCACUUAUGAGCAGGCCGUGGGCCUCUCUUCCAAUCCCUUCGUCUGGGUUGGCGAACCUCAGUCACUGCUGAUAGACGGACGAGGACAAUACAAUUGCUCCACAACUAGCCAUUCCUGUAAUGCUACAAAUAAGCAGUGCUCUCCUUAUGUCUUGCCAGUACGAUCUGGUAACACGUAUCGCCUCCGUAUUGCAAGCGUGGCAUCUCUUUCCGCCAUCAACUUUGUGAUCCAAGGACACAAGAUGAACGUCGUGGAGGCAGACGGGCAUUACGUAGAGCCGGUGGAAAUAGACGACCUGGAUGUCUACUCUGGCGAAUCGUAUUCUGUUUUGAUAACGGCGAAUCGAGAGCCUUCUCAAAACUAUUGGGCAGGUGUGAAUGUGAGAGGCAGGCAGCCCAAGACGCCAACUGGACUGGCCAUCCUCAACUAUCUUCCCAACCCAUCAACCAAGCUCCCAAUUGCACCAUAUCCCACAAGCCCAUUGUGGAAUGACUAUGCCUACAGUAAAGCUCUGGCUAUGAAAUUUGUGGCACUCAAAGGACACGAAGAGCUUCCCCCACUUCAGUCCCACAGGCAACUGAUUCUUCUCAACGCACAGAACAAGAUCAACGGGUACAUAAAGUGGGCAAUCAACAACAUUUCACUGCUGCCUCCUCUGACUCCCUACUUGGCCGCCAUGAAAUACAAAAUCAAGGGCGCCUACGACAUAACCCCACCUCCAGACAUCUACAGUCCCCGUGACUACAACAUCACCAUUCCUCCCCCAAAUCCCAACACUGUCGAAGGGAGUGGCGUGUACGUCUUUACAUUGAAUUCUGUUGUUGAUGUGAUUCUGCAGAACGCAAAUACUCUAACUGCCAACAAUUCAGAGAUCCAUCCAUGGCAUUUACAUGGCCACGAUUUUUGGAUUCUUGGAUAUGGAGAUGGUGUGUUCGACCCAGCAAAGGAUCCUUUGAACUACAAUACGGUAAAUCCUCCAUUGCGGAACACAGUGGCAGUGUUUCCCUAUGGAUGGACAGCCAUUCGAUUUAAAGCAGAUAAUCCAGGAGUAUGGGCUUUCCACUGCCAUUUGGAGGCACACUUUUUCAUGGGGAUGGGAGUGGUGUUUGCAGAGGGAGUAGAGAAAGUUGGAAAGUUGCCCAAUGUAGCCAUGGGAUGUGGUCUCACCAAGAAUAUGAUUGACAUGCACCACUGAUCUCUUUGUUUGAGAUAACCAAUUUUUGUAAGAUGAUGCUUUUAUAAAUUAUCAAGCUCAUCAUCCAUUCACCUUAGCACUAUACUAGAGAAACCCUUCUAAUAUUGGAAUAUAUAAACUAACAC